AUGAUUUCCGACGGUGGACACUAUGUUGAUGGCUCGUGGCUCCUGUCAAUUCGCAUCGAUUCCCUCAAUGUGGAUCGACAGAUGCGAGUUAAGGGUGACUGGUCAAUUGGUCGUGUGCUUGUCGGCCUCAUUGAGGGUCUAGCACAUCCACAGAAGUUGGCUUGUGAAGCCAGUGAUAUAUCUCUCACUCCUGGCCUAAUAAACUCGGGAUGGUCUGGUUUUGCACUUUGGUGGCCCUUAAAGAAUCGGUGGAUUCUCCAGACUCAUGCCAGUCUGGAUCAGUAUGGACUGCAAGCAGAUGCACGACUCCAUUUCAUUCGUGUUCACGGUCGUCUACGUGUUCAGUUACCUGAUUUGCAGACUCGCGUAUUCUGUGAUGUAAAUUUCACUGAACCCGUUUUUCGUGUAGUCAUACUCAUUUGUAAACAUCUCGGUAUCGCACACCCUGAAGAGCUCUCUCUGCAGUAUACGGAUUUUGAUAGAUUUUGCAGCCCCAAUCAAGGAAGAGCACCAUCCAUUUGGAACGAGCAGUGGAGCACUUUGCCUGCUUCGGCCCGAAAAUCCUUCAAGAAGCUUGCCUUCACUUCUCCAUCAAAGACCGAUUUAAGGCAGAAGAGACCGGCCAGUUGCGUUCUCCCCUCCAUCGAUCAAACUGACAAACCGACACGGAACGUCAUACCAAACAGUCAAACCAUGUCCCGUCGACCACAAGUAUACGGUCCACCGAGAGUUAGAAAUCGUCCAGUUAGUGGAAAUUCUCCUUUGUCACCAACGAGACCCGACUCUAUUUACGUGUCGCAGUCACUCUAUGGAGCCCCUCUUAGCAAGCUGGAGAUUUGUGACGAUUCCAGCCUAGUUUCUAGUCCACAAAUGACACUUUCUGAGGCGCUGAUUUCUGGUGGCAUCCAGCGCCAUCGUGGUUUUUUCGCUCGUGCUCGUUUCUCUAACGCUUGGCUCGAACUAGGUCGUUCCUUGAUGGAGCAGGGGAUUCGCCCUUCUGCGCUUAAUCUAGACGAUACCUUGGACUCUCCCACAAUCGAUCCAGAAACCGAAGGAAAAGAAAACGGGGUGAAUGGAGUGGAAACAGAUAAGAUUCCACUGUUGAGAUUGCGAUUUAAGUACAACGCCUUUUAUGAUUUGACACGCAAGAAUAACUCCGUGAGGAUUAACCAAUUGUUCGAGCAAGCUCGAUGGUCAGUAGUCUCGGAGGCGAUCGAAUGCACCAAUGAGGAAGCCGCGCUUUUUGCUGCUCUACAAUUGCAGGUAAGAACCCAACUUUAUUUACUUUGA